CGAUAUGACUAAAAAGGGUACGUAGCCAUCAUUAGAUAUCUAUUGCAACACACUUUGGUCUUUCCUCUUCAUGGCUGCUUCAUCUUCUUCCCCAUUAUCAUUGAGAAACUCAUCCACACAAACAAAUAAAUUCAUUCUCUUUUUCUUCUUCCUCGUAUUCUCAGCUUCAAUCAAACAUUCCAAUGGAUGCUACACAUCCAUCUUCAGCUUUGGCGAUUCGAUCGCCGACACCGGCAACUUGGCGUGCAUCUCAGAGUCUCCUCAGCCUCCCCACUUCAUGUUACCACCCUAUGGUGAAACCUACUUUCACCGCCCCACCGGCCGUUGCUCCGAUGGCCGCCUCGUCAUCGAUUUCAUCGCUGAGUAUCUUGGUCUACCAUUGGUGCCACCAUAUUUUAGUGGGCAAAAUGGAAGUUGUGUCAAUUUCCAAGAAGGUGUGAAUUUUGCAAUUGUGGGUGCUACUGCUCUGGAUGUUGACUUCUUUGAGCAAAGAGGAAUUCACAAUCCCUUCACAAAUUGUUCUUUGGGAAAUCAGUUGCACUGGUUCAAGAAAAUGUUGCCAUCUAUUUGCCACACUCCUUCAAAUUGCAAGUAAUUGCUGAGGAAUUCUCUGGUUCUAAUGGGUGAAAUAGGAGGGAAUGAUUACAACCAUGCAUUUGAUUCAGGAAGAAACAUAGAAGAGAUCCAAUCAUUUGUACCUCCUGUUAUUAAUGCUAUUGGUUCUGCCAUCAAUGAGUUUAUUGAGCUUGGGGCAGUGACACUCAUGGUUCCAGGGAACUUCCCUAUUGGGUGCCUACCAACUUACUUAACAAAUUUCAUGAGUUCAAAUAAAGAAGCCUACGAUCCCGAAACUGGCUGCCUUAUAUGGUUGAAUGAGUUUGCUAUGUACCACAAUGAUAUGCUUCAAAUAGAACUAAAUCGGAUUAAAAAACUUCGUCCUUAUGCUACGAUUAUCUACGCAGAUUAUUACAACGCCGCAAUGAGCUUCUUUCGAUCUCCUAUUGAAUACGGGUUUAGUGGAGGAGCUCUCACUGCAUGCUGUGGAGCAGGAGGUCCCUACAAUUUUGACCCAUCUGUGGAGUGUGGGUAUCCAGCAUCAACAGCUUGUGAUGACCCUUCUUCACAUGCUAGCUGGGAUGGUUUACACAUGACAGAGGCAGCUUAUAGAUGGAUUGCGAAAGGGUUAUUACAAGGACCAUACACUGUCCCUCCCAUUAACACCUCAUCCUGUGUUUCGCUUCCUGUGAUCAGUACUCAAUCUUCCAAGUAGGAUGGAGAAUCAUGCUCUCUGUCACAGGCGUUCCUUACACUGAAUAAUGCUUUAUUUGAUGGAAAAUUGGAUCUCAGUGUCGUGCAAUUUGGUUUUUUUAAAUGGGUUCUGGGCAGACUUUAAACAAAUUUAACAAAUUGCAGUUGAAACCAUGGUGGAACCCAAAAAUAGUGGAACCCACAUUAACAAAUAAACGUGGUAUUUAUUAUUAUGAAUGGUUGACCUAAUGCUCUAAACUUUUUUUAGAGCAUGAUUGAGUAGAACAAGAUGUAUACAACCUUAUCAUUAUUUUUGGAGACACGGUUUCGUUACUAGAACUCGAGUGCCAAGGACACAAACAAA